UUCGCUGCGGCGAACUUCCUGUCUCGUGCCAUGGAAGGUGCCUGCGUCCCAGGUGCGCUGCUGCUGUGCGUCCUUCUCCUGCCUCUCGCGCAUCCCAGCGACCAGGUUCCCGACUGCCAGGUGGUGCGCUCGUCCUUCCAGUCGCUGAGCCCAGGGGUGAAGUGGACCCCCGAUAGUCCUGUUUUAGGUGUAGACCUGCAGGUCUGCCAGCCCAAGGGCCUGACGUGCUGCUCGCGGAAGAUGGAGGAGCGGUACCAGGCAGCCGCCCGGCAGAGCAUGGAGUCCCGUCUGCAGACGUCCAGCGCCCAGCUGAAGCUCCUGAUCAUCCAAAAUGCCGCCGUCUUCCAAGAGGCGUUUGAGAUGGUCCUACGUCACGGCCGAAACUCCACUCUGCUGAUGCUGAGGGAGGAGUUCCCAGGCCUGGGAGGCGGGGCCAACGCAGCGGUGGGCCAGCUCUUCCUGGACAUCUCGCUCUACAUCCUGGGCUCGGACUCCAGCGUGGACGACAUGGUGACCUCCUUCUUCACCCGGCUCUUCCCGCUGGCGUACCGGCGCCUCCUGGGGCCCUCCGAGGGGGCGGCCGUCUCCGAGGAGUGCCUGCGCGGGGCCUGGAGGGACGCGGGGGCCUUCGGCUCGUACCCCAAGCUGAUGAUGACGCGCCUGUCCCGCUCUCUGCUGGCCACGCGGGUCUUCCUGCAGGCGCUGAACCUGGGCAUCGAGGUGGUGAACACCACCGUGCACCUGCGGCCCGGUCGUGACUGCGGCCGCGCUCUGCUCCGCCUCUGGUACUGCCCGCACUGCCAGGGCCUGCUGGCCGCCCGGCCCUGCCGCGGCUUCUGCCUGUCCGUCAUGCAGGGCUGCCUGGGAGGGGCGGCCGAGGUGCAGCCCCACUGGCGGGGGUACGUGGAGGGGCUGGCUGCGCUGGGCGGGGCCAUGCGGGGAGAGCAGGACAUGGAGACGGUGGUGCUGCGUCUGCACGCGCUCGUCCGCCUGGCGCUCCGCCACGCCCUCGCCGCACGCAGCCGCCUCGUCACCAUGGUGAGCGGUAUGUGUGCCUACUCCCAGCGUGUCUCUCGCUCAGUGGCGCCCCCUGCUGACCGCACUCCCGCCUCCACUGGUCACCGCAGCCCGAAGCCUGUGCCCUUUGACCCGGAAGAGACCUUGGCCGGUCGUCGCAGGGAGUUUAUCAACAGCCUGAAGAGCUUCAGCACUUUCUAUGGUGGCCUGGGGGAGGCGCUGUGCAGCAGGGACCCUGCUAUGCUCAACGACUCCCUCUGCUGGAAUGGACAGGAAGUGACUGACAGGUUUCCAGGAUCAAAGCGGGUUCCGACGCACAGCUCCGAGGCCAAGCACAGGGGCCCCGAGCCCGUCAUCAGCCAGAUCAUCGACAAACUCAAGCACAUCAACCAGCUCCUGCGGCUGGUGACUGUGCCCGAGAGGCGCUGGCGGGCGCGGCCAGGGGCGGGGGGUGCGGAGAGAGGAAGAGGCGGGCGUGAUGACGAGGAGGAAGAGGGCCUGGUCAGCGGCGACUGCGAUGAUGAAGACGAGUGCAGUGAGGUCUCGGGGCUGGGGCCGCCCCCGCGUCGCAAACGCCUGCGCAUUUUUGCAGAUCUGGCGGAUAACUCGGCCAUGGACGACCUCACCUUCCACGAGCAGCUGCUGACGCCUCGUCUGGCCACGGACGCGGAGGGAGGGGAGUCAGUGCCGGGCGGGACCAGGGGCCUCUGGGGCCCAGACAAGCCCCUCCCGGGGGUGGCCGUCCUUCUGACCGUCCUCCUGAUCCUGCUCAGACUUCACUGACCGUCCAUGCCCCCCCCAAC